AUGGCGCCAUGCAUAACACGCCUGGCAGCCCUGUGCCUGCUUCCAGCACGCUGUGUGAGGGCGGAAGAGGGGCUUGGCCAAUGCCAUGAAAUGGGUUCUGGACGCUCAUGCAAUGCAGGGAUCAGUGAAGCAGGCUCUGAUGGUUAUCUCGGAUACCUGUGGUCUAUCAUGUCGAACAAGAAGGACGCAGUUGAUGGAUAUGUUGGCAGAUUUGAGGACGACUCUUUAACUGAGCGGACGACCACAGAUGAAUACUACGACGUGGCAACGGACUUCUAUCUGUACGGCUGGGGCAAUUCCUUUCACUUUGCAACUCGCUUUGCCGGGGAGAGCUUGGAGGACUCCAUCGUCAGGCAUGAGCACUUCCUCUCAGGGAAGCUCGGACUGAAGCCCGGAGAGAAGGUGGCUGAUUUAGGAAUGGGCGUCGGUGGCCCGCUAAGGUCAAUCCAAAGGUUUAGCAACGCAGACAUCACUGGUGUCACAAUCAAUGACUACCAGGUACGACGAGCAAAAAAGUUUACAAAGAGCGAAUGCAGUAGCCAAAUGGCCAAGCAUAUAGAUUAUCGACAAGGUGACUUCACAAAGUUGGUCCCCGACGUAUUUGCACCGGAGUCCCUCGAUGCAGUUUACUACAUUGAGUCGUCAUGUCACAUCGCAAAUCGCACUGAAGUUUUUCAGGCGUCUGCAAAGGCCCUGAAGAAGGGCGGACGGCUCUUCUCUUACGAGUGGGUGAUGACUGACCGAUUUGAUCCGAAAAAUUCCGAACAUGUGGCAAUCAAGAAGGGUAUCGAGCUCGGUGACGGCAUCGAGGAGCUCGUUGGGAUCCAGGCUCCUCUUGAGAGUUUGAAACAGAGCGGGUUCCGAAUUUUGGAGCACGGUGACCUAGUGGACUUGUCAGAGGAGUGGUAUGGUGACCACAACGUGCCUUGGUACUACGACAUGGCACAGAAGUACUCCUUCUCGUCAUUCAGAACUUUUGCGCUGUCAGACUUUGGACAGCGCACACUGGGCACUUUUUUAUGGCUGACCGGCCAGGCUGGAGUAGUGCCUGAAGAAGCUUCCAAGACCGAGCAGAUGCUACGCCAUGCAAGUAUCAACUUGGUCAAAGGAGGUGUCCUGCAUCAAAGUUCAGCAACUGACAGCUAUCCUCCGAGCAGCUAUGUGAUCAAGUUGAAUUUCAAUACAGCAGGACUUUGA